UCGGCCUUUAUUUUUUCUCAAACUAAAAAGCAAAAUGAACGGUGUCGGUGUAGCUGAGCAAUGGAGCGACGUGCCGUUUAGGAUGGACGACGCGGACGACAUGAUCAUCUUCAACUCCCUCUGCGACGCCGUUUCACACGGUUGGUCUUUGUCCGAUUCCACCACACCAAAACCAGAAAACGACGCCGCGGAUCAGAGACCAGCUCACGAAAUAAGUUACUCCGAUUGCCAGAACGACGAUUCCAAAGCUGCCGUUUUGGCGCAGAAGAAGAACAUGGGAACGUGCUACAGAGGAGUGAGGCAAAGACCAUGGGGAAAGUUCACGGCCGAGAUUCGCGACCCGGCUCGGAACGGCGCGAGGGCGUGGCUUGGCACUUAUCAAACGGCUGAGGAUGCGGCUUUGGCUUAUGAUCGAGCCGCGUUCAAGCUACGCGGCUCGAAGGCUUUGCUGAACUUUCCGCACCGAAUAAACUUCAACGAGCCGCCGCCGGUGAGAGUCACGGCCAAGAAACGGAAAGUUCCGGCUUCGGUGAAGCUGAGUCGAAGUUGAGGAUGUGUAAGACUGUACGUACGUGUUUCGGUGUUUGAAUGUUUGAUGCAUUGCAUACUGGUAUUUGCUAGAUGGAGACUUGGAGAGUAACUGUUGGUUGGUUAGGAUUAAUGGUGUUUAGGUUUAUUAAAAUGAGAAAGAUGAAGAAAAGAUAAAAAAAAAUAAUAAUGUAAGUUGCAAUGAAUAAUGCAAAGAUAUGGAAGAGUUAUAUUGGUAAUAUAGCUUUGUUUAUUGAGUGUU